CGCUUGUUUCGACGUAAUUUCGACGCGUUGGUGGUGCAGGCACAUUCUCUUGACUGUCAAGUUCCUUCUCCCCCUAUGCAAGACGAUGAAGCACAGCAGGAGGACGACAGUGGACUCAUCGAUCUCUUUGCGUCCGAUGCAGACGAUCGGAUUCCUCCCGAGCUCCCACCAACGACGAAGCGCUUCGUCGCGGCCGAUGGAAGAAAAAUCGAUAUACAGCUCGUAGCGGGCCAUCCUCUCUGGGGGCACGUCCUUUAUCCGACAGCUAUCGAGCUUUCUCGCUAUCUUGAACACAACCCCGACUUGAUCAGUAACAAAACUGUUCUCGAGCUAGGUGCGGCAGGCGGAUUGCCCAGCAUUGCAGCCGCUCUUCUCGACGCUCGUUUCACUGUCUGUACUGAUUAUCCUGAUCGUCCACUGAUUGCGACGAUAGAGCACAAUCUGGCUCAAAAUCUGCCUGAAGAUGUACAAGCACGUACAGCAGCUGCCGGAUAUGUUUGGGGCACCUCAACGAACGACUUGCUCGCUUUGUUGCCCGCACAUUCGCCCAAAUUCGAUACUCUGCUCUUGUCCGAUCUCGUCUUCAAUCACUCGCAGCAAGAUGCGCUGCUGAAAACCUGCAAGGACGUCAUCGCUCCCGGCGGCAUCGUGCUCAACUUCUUCGCUCAUCAUCGACCGACCUCAAUUCUUAUCGAACGCGACCUUGCUUUUCUCGAAAAGGCUCGCAAGCAAGGCUGGCGAGUUGAGCGAGUCGUGGAAAACACGUUGGCAGGGCCUGCGUUCCCAGAGGAUGGCGGCGAUCUGGCAAUCAGAUCAACAGCAACAGGGAGCUACUUCGAGCUUUGUCAAUCUGGUCACGAUCCUUUGCGUGGCGUUUGCUGUAUAAGAAGCGGCUCGUACGAUGCAAGAUCAAUCCUCACGGUCCAGCUUUCUAGCCACAGAACUCAAAGCGCUACUGAGAUGCUCUUCCGUCAUGCUGCUUGCUUUGCUGCUCUGGCUUUGACAGCCACUACACUGGCCCUACCUAUCCGUAGGCUCAAUGAACGAGGCGAAAUCAUCAACACCAUCAGAGAGCGCAAUCUGCUCGAUCCGCUGCACGUCGCACAGCACGCCCAGCACCAGCUACACGACCUCAUCGACCAUAUCGUGCAUCAUCCCGAACUUCUGCCGCUUUUGCCACCUGCAUUGCUCGCUCAAGUCCUUCCUCUGCUCGCUACAUCCGGCGUAGCGGGCGCUGCCGCACUCGCGGCAUCCCUCGGCGUAGCGGGCACGGCUACAGCUAGCGUUGCUGGUGCUGCUGGCAUCGCAGGCACAGCCGGUAUCGCAGGUACAGCAGGCAUCGCAGGCACGGCCGGCUUGGCAGGUACAGCUGGCUUGGCAGGCCUGGCCGGUCUUGGCCUGGGCGCUAGUGCUGCAGGCGGUAUAAGCGGACUUGGAGCUCUGGGCGGUCUUGGUAGCAUUGGCAGCUUGGGAGGAUUAGGUGGCCUCGGUAUCGGUGCUGCUGGCGGUGCGCAGUCGUCAGGUAUGCUGCUAUGUUGUGACAUCUGGCCUACCGCUGACGCGAUAUGUGCAGGAUCGGCAGGCAUCGCCAUCACACCCUUUGGCGCAGGCGCAGGCGUGACGGGCGAGACGUCGGCAGGUGGCAUCGCAGGUGUUAUCUGAUCGCUUGUCGAGAGUAGUGAGCUUGACCUAUGGGACAACUGCAAGCUGUAUCAUGAUCUGCGCGCCUGCUCUUGCAGCUGCUUCUGAGUCGGCGGAGGAGCCAUAUCGCCCCACUGUGCUUGACCAGGCAGCCUGCUGAUUCGCUUGUUCUCCCAUUCGUCCAGCUCGUCUUCCUGAGCACGUAGGCGAAAGUACUCCUCGCGUAGAUCGACUUUCUUGCGAGAUUUGCUCAUGUUGAGCUCUUCCUCCUGACUGACCUGACGUACUUUGCUGUCCUUGAGAUCGUACCGUGUCUGAGUGAACGAGGAGAGUGCAAAUGAUCCGCCGACGAUGGUGAGUACGAAAGGCAGCCCAAAGAGCAGGAAGGGAUAUCGUCGGGUCAGCGCAUUC